AUGCCUGUUCUGGAAGCAAUGUCUUUUCUCACGUUUGUGUUUGGAUUGGAGUUCCUGUUGAACUCGGCCACAAGUAAGCUGAGUAUUUCUCCCGACGCUCUUGAACGUCGGGUCUGGGUCGACUGGUCUGAUUGGUCUGUCUGGUCCAUAUUGCGGCCCGUCUUCUUCUCUGAGUCGGCGUCUGCGGAUGUGUCUGCUGUUUGGGGAGGGAGAUGGAAAGUGUCCUGGUCGUCCAAGUUGAAGUCGGUGUGGUCUGAAAACUGCUCAAACGGAGCCAUUCCAAACUGCGAGGGGCUCGAAUAA